CCAUCCGUCGAUCUAGUACGCGCGUCCUUCCCUCUUCGUUACACAUUUCGUGUCCCGCAUCGUGCCGCACGUUUAACCCUCGUCGCAUUGUGUGUCGGCGUAUUCGCCUUUUGGCCGCCCGUUACUUCGUCCGCAUUGUGCGCAACACAAAACAAUCCAAAAAAAAAAAACAAUUCUUAAACUAACGAGGACUAUAUUAACAAAGAUGCACAGUUCGUGACUAACGCGUGACCGGUGAUGACUUCCGGUCACUAGUCUCUCUCCGCCGAGGACUUUGAGAAUAUUUUGAUUAUCAUUCAACGUGCCAUUGGAUCACAUCUGAUUUGAUUCGACAACUCUAUUCCGCUUUUGACGGGGCCGGUAGUGUGCCCUUGGCCAGCUUUUACCCUUGGCCGGAAUUGACAGACGUGUCCAGCGCAAGAAGAAAGUGAAGCACAAAAAAUAAAGAAAGGAGAACCGUUUGUAUCGUGUUCUAUCGAUCCAUCUACAAGCGCAGCAUAGCCACACGCAAAACCCAAGGUCCAGCUCCUACACACACAACCGCAAACGGUUUGCGUCUCAAAUCUACAAGCGAAACACGUGAAAGUUCUGGGCAAAAGAUAAAAAAAAAAAACAAAAAAAAAAAAAAAAAAAAAGCAAAGCGCCUUUCUUAUGGGUCGUCGCCGUAGUUUUGGCAGCAGGUUGUUGGCCGGCCUAGCGCUAGCGUCCAUGUCCAUCUGUCUGGUGCUGCUUCAUCAACUGAGUCAAGACGGUAAAGCGGCGAUAGGAGGAGCGACGACCAAUGAGGCCAUUGAAAGGCGGCAAAGACAUUCGCAUCGCUAUUUGCUGAUGGCCGCGGCUGGAAGCGGCUCCAUUCCAGCGGCGGCCAGCGGCCUGGAAUCAAAGCAGCGGCAGCCGAUUGCGGCGGCCGUGGCAAAAGAAAGGGCACGAAACCAAGUGGAGAACAACAAUCAGUCGUCGAUGGUGGAUCGACGGUUGCCACGGUUACUCAUCAUCGGCGUGAGAAAGGGCGGGACGCGUGCCCUUCUGGAGAUGCUCAACUUGCAUCGCGACAUCGCCAUGGUGCCCGUCGAAGUGCAUUUCUUCGACAAAUUCGACAACUAUCAGCGCGGACUCGAUUGGUACCGGUCGCAAAUGCCGUUGUCGAGCGACGCCCAACUGACGGUCGAGAAAUCACCAAGUUACUACGUCACGCCGGAGGUGCCCGAACGCGUGUACGCCAUGAAUCCGCACGUCCAACUUGUUCUCAUCGUACGCGACCCAGUUACGCGAUUGCUCUCCGAUUUCGCCCAAAUAGAGGCCUCCAGGGCGGCGCAAAAUCUACCCAACCGACGAUUCCAGGACGUGGCGCUGCUACCGAAUGGUGAAGUCAACACGCAGAACCGGGCGCUUCACGUUUCCCUCUACGCCAAAUUCCUGUCGCGCUGGUUGCACGUGUUCCCCAGGCGACAGCUACACAUUGUCGACGGUGAUCGAUUGAUUCAAGACCCGUGGCCGGAACUGCAGAAAGUGGAACGAUUCCUCGGACUGGAUCAUCUGAUCCGUCGGGAUCAAUUCUAUUUCAACGCUACCAAGGGAUUCUACUGUUUGACGGGCACGCCGGCCGACGUCAGCAACGGUAACGACAAUUUAACGUUGGCAACGGCCGAGGAGCAUCACAACCACCACUACCAUCACAAAUGUUUGGCCGGCAGCAAAGGCAGGAGGCAUCCGCAGGUACCGGAUGAAGUGAUUUCUGUUUUGAGGCAGUUCUUUGCGCCACACAACCGCAAAUUCUUCGCCAUGGUCGGCCAGGAUUUCGAUUGGCCGGAACAGUAAUGGCGCUCAACUUGCGCCAUCUACGCAUUACUAAUUAGGGCAGAAUCAAAUGACCUAACGAACUUGGCUGUGAUCUUCGACAAAAAAAAAAAAAAAAGACAAAAAAGACAAAAAAAAAAACUUUUCCUUCAACUUUCUCUGCCUGUCAAAAAAAAAAAAAAAAAAAAAAGUUCGUACAUUUUCAGGAUGGCAUCGUUGUCUUUCAAAAUCUAUUUCUUUCAUAUAUAUAUAUAUUAUUUUUGUUGUUUCUUUGGUUUGGCCAAUUUGUGCCAAAACAGAAAACAAACAAAAAAAAAAUCCGCACCAAAAUCAUUUCUUACUCGUUCAAAAAUGCACAGCACGUAUUUUUUAUUGACUCUACUUUUUUUUUGUCAUUGUUUACUACGCUAUAAAGAAUUAUUGAUUAUCGUCGAACCAUAUGAUUAUCGCCCAAUCGGGGAAAAUCUUUUUCUUCCCUUUUGAUAAAUAAAAAAAAAGAGAAAAAAAAAACCCCCAAAAAAAAGAAAAGACCCAAGACAAAAAUCAAAGUUCAACGAUACAAUCGAAGGCGCUACGUCCUAUGCUAUUACUAUUAUUGUAUUGUACUCAGUUCCGACAUGUAGAGAAAUGGCAUAAGAGGAAAACUGUUUUAUCGACCCGAUCUCGACGAUGUGCCACCCUCCGUCGCCAAAUUCCCUCCACAUCGCGUACAAGAAUGAUAGGCCCCUCUUACUUUUUUAUCGAGUAAAAGAAA